AAAAAAAAUUGCUUUACAUAAUUGAUUCAGAUUAUUUUUACUUCAGGCAAUUGAAUUUCAAAACAGUCAGAGGAUAAGAUUUGCAACACGUCUUCAAGCAACAAUUAAACAACAGAGAGAAGUUGUGCAGAAACUAAACAACGAUAUCAGAGACAAGAUGACAGUAAUGUUAAAACAGACUGAACGUGAGAGAGCGACACUAAAAGAACAGUUGAAAUAUGUUAUAGAAGAAAACAAGUACAUGAAACAGAUACUUAGUGAGCAGACAAGCCCUAAAAGGAGGAGUCCGUUUGGUGAUCGCUAUAGACCAGAUUCCUCGAAUUCCCCAGUGAUUAAAUCAUCAGCUGGAAAUACUCCUGGAUUUCCAUUCGGAAUGAAUCGCACAAGCUCUACAGACUCACAAAAGAAUACACCAGCUUUACCGAACAAUGCAGUGACAUCUGGUAGAAUUUCUGUCCGCACACCACCAUCAGGAGGGAAAAUGGGGACCAUUCCUACCAACGCCACCAGCACACCUCCAUGUCAUCAACAGCAUUAUAAGACACCAAAGUCCGUCCCUCAUCCAAUAAAUUUUGGUGACUGGAACAUGGAGGAAUCACCUCAUUAGACAGAAAUGUUCUGCAAAAGACUUAAUGAUAGAUGAUAACAAAUGGGAUCAGAACUUCAUGUUGUUAUGAUAUGAUUAGUUGGAGCCGUGCUCUGUGAAAACAGGAUUUAAUGCAUGUGCUUAAAGUGUCAUUCCAGAUUUGCCUGUGCCAGUCCACACAGGCAAACCAAGGACAACACAUUCUGCUUGUAUGGUAUUUUUCGUUUAAAUAAAGUAUUCUUAGCAAAAAAUCCAGUUUAAGAAAAAGUGUUGUCCCAGAUUAGCACAGGCUAAUUGUGGACGACUCUGUACGUGCAUGCAUUAAACCCAGUUUUCCCAGAAAAGGAUUAAUUGUAUAGUGUUUGAAAGGCUUUCUGGAGACCUUUUAUAAAUGGACACAGAGCAGUCUUGUUUUAAUACACCUUUUUGACUGUUGGCAUUUAUUUGAUUACCCGGUAUGUAAGCAUAGAGUGAAUUUUAAGCAAGCUGAUGUUCUUUUACAUUAAUAUGUUGGUACUGGCUGAUAUUGCUAAUUAUAUUGAAAGGUGACAAUAUAAAUGUUUCACAAAUUAUCACUUCAAAUCUCAAAGCUGUGAUUAAAGAUUUGUUAUUGUAUUGAGAAAAAAAAUCAUUGUAUGUUUAAACACCAGUUCUGUGAUAUAAGUGUGAUAUAACCGUACACUGUUCAUAUAAUAAGUAUUAUGAGUACAGUUUUACUAGUUACAUUUUAUCAGUUUACUUUCACUUCUGUGAUAAGAAUGUUCCUCAUGUCAUUUGAGUCGUGUUCUAAGAAAACUGGGCUUAAUGCAUGUGCGUUAAGUGUCGUCCCAGAUUAGGCUAAUCAGGGACGACACUUUCCGCUUUUAAAACAUUUUUCGUUUAAAUGAAAUCUCUUAUUAGCAAAAAUCCAAUUAAGGCGGAAAGUGUCGUCCCUGAUUAGCCUUUGCGGACUGCACAGGCUAAUCUGGGACCACACUUUACGCACAAGCAUUAAGCCCAGUUUUCUCAGAACGCGUCUUAUUUGAAUACAACACACCUUAUGGUAUCUUGUGUUAAUGCUGUUACAUUUUGUUGAUGCUUGUUUGCUUGUUAGAGUCAAGUUUUUAAAAUAUAAAAUGUAAUCAAAAUUGAUUUGCCUCUCUCUCUCUUAAGUUGUUUCCUUUUUUAUACGCCCGUUGAAAACAGGACUUAUUAAAAGAUCACCCUUGGGGGGCGGGCGGCGUCCACAGCAGUGUCGGCUCUCUAAUUCAAAUAGUUUUCAUCCGAUCUUCACCAAACUUAGUCAGAAUUUGUAUCUAUACAAUAUCUAGGUCAAGUUCAAAUAUGGGUCAUGCUGGGUCAAAAACUAGGUCAUGGGGUCACUUAGUGCAUUACAAGGAUUGAGCACUCACUAAUUAUUCCGCGCCAUAGGCGGAGGGAUAUUGUUUUGGCGUUGUCCGUCCGUCUUUCCGUCCGUCCGGCCAGCACUUUUGUGUCUGGAGCCAUAUCUUGGAAGUGCUUUGGCGGAUUUUAUUGAAACUUGGUAUGAGUAUAUAUAUAUGGAUAAGAGGAUGAUGCACACCAAAUGGCAUUGUACACCAUUGGAUAAUAAUGGAGUUAUGGCCCUUUGUAUCUUGAAAAAAUGCUUUUUUGUGUGUCCAGAGCCAUAUCUUGGAAGUGCUUUGACGGAUUUCAUUGAAACUUGGUAUGAGUAUAUAAAUGGAUAUGAGGAUGUUGCACGUUGGUGUUGUCCAUCUCUCCAGAAAUAUUUGUAACCAGAAGUAUAUUGGCGGGGGAAUAUCAAUUCAAUGAAUUUGGUUGUUGAAGUAAUUUUCAUCCGAUCUUCACCAAAUUUGGUCAGAAGUUGUGUCUAAAUGAUUAUCGAGGUCAAGUUCAAAUAUGGGUUCUUCCGGGUCAAAAACUAGGUCACCAGGUCACUUAGUUCAUUUCAAGCAUUUAGCAUGGUGUCCGCUCUCUAAUUGAAGUAGUUUUUAUCCGAUCUUCGCCAACUUUGGUCAGAAGUUGUGUUUAAAUGAUAUCUAGGUCAAGUUCAAAUAUGGGUCAUGCCGGGUCAAAAAAUUGGUCACAGGGUCACUUAGUGCGUUGGUAAAGUUAUGUGUUGCUUAAUUUUCAAAAGUAUUUCAUUUUGUCACUCAAAUGGUUAAGUUGUCCAAAACGUCCAAACGGGUGUAUCUUGUGACAGCUUGGCACUCUCGUUUGAAAUUAUAUGAUUAGGUAUUUGUUUAAGUGCCAAAAAGUGAAAAAAUUAAUAAUUCUGAUUUACAUGUAUUAUAUUGUUACAAUAAAAUGAGUUGUUAUUGGGUA